AUGGCCGCAAUAGAUUAUAGAACAGUUCCGAUUGAAGAGAAAGCCCUAUACGUUCCGUCGUUAGACGAGCUGGCCAACGUUCUGUCCCGGGGACUGCAGAGCAACUUCGAAUUUGUAAACGUGUCUGUUGUUGACAGUCCGGACCUGACGCAAGCGCCAUUUGACCUCACCACGCCAGGACUGACGGGCAACGCCAAGCUAGUGGAGAUCGGUGGGCCACCGUAUCUGGUGCCGCUGGUGCAACUCGACAAGAUCUACGAUCUGGCGGAGUUGCUGCGUCACUUGAGGCGCGACCCCGGCUUCUUGGGCGGCGCCGGCGCCGGGCCCUGGCCCUACGCAGGCGUUAACUGCGAGGGCAUCGUGAACCUGCGGGUGGGGGGCGGCGUGGUGCAGCAGGGCUCGCGCGUGGUGACCGUGCAGCCGGUGGGCGCCGCGAAGGGCGCCAGCGGCUACCUGCAGCGGCGGCUGCCGCCCACAGAGACGCGCAGCGCCCUACUCGGCAACUACCUGCUCACGGACGGCCUGCCCGGCCAGGUGCUUAAAGUGGAGGUGAAAAAACGAGUUGGGCAGUCUAACUUCAUCACCGCUAUCAGGGAAACGCUGAAAGAGCACUAUGGAGAUAAAGUAGUUGGUCUGGGCGGCGCGUUCGUGGUGCGGGAGGGCCGAGUGAAGCACCACGUGAUGCCCGCCUUCCCGCGGACGCCGCUCUGCUCCGACGAGGACGUGGACGGCUGGCUGCACUACUUCGAGAUGCGCGCCCCCAUCACCCACCUCGGCACCCUCGUCACCGGGGACCUGGGCCUGGACCUGCGCGUGCAGCACUUCCACGGGUUCAGCGCGCACGGCGACGGCGGCCACUACCACUGCGACACCACGCCCGAGCAGGUCCACUACGAGGGCUACUUCACGGCCGCCGCCUCGGUGCUGCGCCUCGACGCGCCCGACCACACGCACGGCUUCGGCCGCGAC